AUGGCACCAAAACCAAGGAAGGAUAAAGAAGCAUACACACUCACACACACACCUCAAAGGAAGAAAAACAUGUCAAACUCCACACAAAUGGAAAAGGAUCUCACAAUGACAGUGCAGCGAUCCUCUUACAUGCCGGGGUGCAUGAUGUCCCCUUCGUGCUUGCCAAUCCACAACGAGUUCCAGUACUCAAGAAUCCACUACUGCAGCAGCCCCAGAAAGAGGGUGAGAAGGUGGAGGAACAUUCUCAGAAGGUUCAUGAGGGAGAGCAAGACCUUGUGUAGAUCCAAACCCAUGUCAUUUCAAUACGACCCUGUUAGCUACUCCCAGAACUUCGAUGAGGGUUGCCAUCUUAAUGAACCUAGACCAGGGCUGCAAGAUGUUCGGUGGGAUUUACAUCAUUGA